AGCCGCCCUCUUCUCCCCAGACCCCACGCUCGACGAUUCAACUCCAAAGGGGAACUGCCGUGGAAUAGAUGGUGGCACUGUAGACGGCUGUUCGACUCAAGGCUGCUUCUCGCCCACUUCGGCCAAAGCCGUUCCAUACCUCAACGUCCUCCGUGCACCGGGUCGCUGCCUGUGACCCGGCUGGCGCCAAAUCUGCGAGAGGCUAACUUCAUCGCCCCUCUGCGGCCAUGGCCGCCAAUAUGCCACAGAUGGGCCCGAACGGUCAGAUGAUGAUGUUGCCACAACAGCAGCAUCCGCAACCUCCACAGCAGCCAAAUAAGCAACUGAAUCAACUGGUCUACAGCAGUCUGAUGCAGACAAUGCACCUGGCGCCCAUGAACUCAUGGCAGAGCAGCGUCAGCAUCCAGGAUCGCUUCGCGAAGGCUGUCACUCUGGUUUCGAAUACGAUUCUAGCGUACCCGCAAAAUCAAUCCGAAUGGCAGAAGCUCUGCCACUCGGCAUUAGAGUUCGAGAAGAAGGCGUUCGUGCAAUCACCGGACAAGCAAUCCUACGAUCACGCCAUGCAGUCACGGAUUCAAGAGCUUGUCAAGCGCCGGCAGAACCUGGUCCCCGAUCUACAGAACCAACUGAACACGGAUGCUGCGAGGCAAGCCCAGUUGCAGGCGGUCCAGCAGCGACAACAGCACCAGCAGCAGAUCAUGAUGAACCAAAUGGCCACCGCGAGGGGCUUGGGCCAACAGCCUCCCCAUGGGUUUCAGUCUCUGCAAAGUCCGAUGCAAGUCCCUGCCAUGGCUCAGCAGCCGCAACAGAUAGGCAUGGGAAUGGCGCCGCCGGGCAUGCUACAAAACCGACCGGAACAGCAUCAGUUCGCCAUGCAGAUGGGACAAGCACGGCAGCCGCCAUUCGUGCCCCCCGGUCCAGGCCAGCUGAGUGCGCAUGAUAAGGCCCGGGUCAACGAGCUGGCUUUGCAGUCCAUGAACCGCACACCAGAAGAUGUUAAGGCUAAUAUCAGAAACAUGAUGCGGCAAAAGAUGUCGCCCGCCCAGCUGGCAGACGCCGCGGCAAAUGGAAGGGACAUAGCGCUGAUCUGGUUCCAUAACUACGCCAUGAACCAGCUGCAAAAGAACCCGCAGCAGCGUGGUAUGAUGCAGGCGCGACCAGGAGGCAUGCCGCCCAACAUGAUGGCUCCGGCACCACACCACGGAGGACAGAUGAACCCCGCCCUGAUCAACACGAUAGCUCCGCCAACGGUCAUGCCCGAUGGCCAAAUGUUUGUCCCGAACAUGGAGAGCAUCCGGAAUGACCAAGAGUUGGGCUACCUUGCCCAACAAGCCGGUCAGGUGGUGGUACCCGCCAGUACUGCCCCCGGUCGAAAUGCAGCUCCUGGUGUGAUGACUGGGCUCGGGCCACAGCAGAUGCCUGGUAACCAACAGGGCCCAAAUCAAACACCGCGGCCUCCACAAGGGCAGCAGCCAUUCGGUAUGCCGCCCGUUAAGAUGGACGCCGCGGCCCAAGCACAGCCGGGAGUGCGGCCGUCCGCAGGUCGUCCCAUGCAAGGCCAGCAGCCGGGCAUGGCGGCUCCUAACGCGAUGCCCAAGAACUCGCAGAGUCCGGCAAUGCUGGGGACCACCCUCAAUCCCCAGUUCAGCCACCAGAACAAUGCGAGGCCGCCAUCCCUGCCGGGGAACCUGAACAACCCGGCUAUACAAGGAAUGCCUCCGAACCUCACCCCUGAGGCGCGGCCCGGGAUUGGUGCCCUACCGGCAAGCGGAUCAACGAGGGAACUAAUCAACGAGUGGCGCGAGCAGCAACGCGCCGCUAACAAUGGGUUUCCGGGCGCUAAGCAGGGGUUGGCGGCCGGGCAAGGGGUGAUGCCGCCAGGGGCUCGGCCCCCGGCGAUGCAACAGCAGAUCACCGGCGAAGGCGAUGACAUCAUGGCAAUUAUCCAGACGCCGCCGGGUCGAGCCUCCAUGAACAGCAUGGAUGUGCCUCCAUUCCUUUUGAAUCGCCUCCGUCAGGUCGUGGGCGUUGUGCCGGCGGAGAUCCGAAAAUGGGGUCAGUUGAGACAGUUCAUCGCCAACAACCCCAGCAUCAACACCCCGCAAACGAACAAUUAUCUGAACCAAUGUCAGGUAACCCAGUUCAAGCAGUUGUGGGAAAGGAAAAGAGGAGCUGCGGCACCCAGCGCCCCGGCUCCCCAGCAGCAGCAGCCACCGAAUCAGCCGAUGGCGUUGCCUCCUGGCGCUCAAUAUCCGCCAAACAUUGCGCAGAUAACCCCGAAUGACAUCCAGAAUGUCCGCCAGAGGAAUCCUACACUGCAGGCCAUGCCUGAUGAGACUGUCAUAGAGAUAGCAAGGAAGCUGAAACGUGAUAGUUUCGCAAGGAAGGCUUGGGAGAUGUACAGGCAAUCUUCACAGGCACAAGUUCCAGGGGUUCCAAAACCUACUGCUCCGGUCUCUCAGACUCCCGUAACCCAACACACGCUAGCCACGGCGGCGACGCACCCCAACCCGCCACACGUCGUUCCGCACCAAACGGCUCUGCCGAAGCCUCUGGGAGCUCCGGUAGCGGAGGCGGCCGCCGUACCUGCCUCGGGAGCUCUCAAGAAUGGCCGCGCACCACCUAAUCCUUCGCCGGUGACCGCGUCGAAGAACUUGAAGCGGUCAAACCCCGACGGUGCGGGCGAUAUGCCCGGCCAGCCGGCCAACGCCGCGCCGCGGGCCGCUCCUCAAUCGGACCAGCGAGCUCCACCGGCAGGAGCGCCGAAACCGAGCGCGGAGCAGCUUAUGAAGAUGCGGGGCCGGCCUGGACCCAGCGGAAAUGGAGACGAGGCCGCCGCCGUCGCCCGACUGAGGCUCCUGCAUGGGGAAGUGGCGCAACUCGCGCAGCAGGAGGAGAAGCAGGAGGUCAUUAUUCAAAUGUCGCCAACAGAAAUGCACGAGACUCGGCAGAAGAUCCUCAAGGCGGCGGAGAAGAUCAACCUGUUCCGCGGCUCAAGCUUGCCGCUGUGGUACCAUCUCACCAAAGAUGACUCACGGGCCAAGAUGUUCUUCAAGACGGUACGUACCAAGCUGUUUCCCUUUUCUGAUAAGUUGAAACUGUACUCAUACUUUGUGCAGCAAAGGAAAGUUCUUAGGCAGUUCGUGGACCAGAAAACGAUGCGGGGGUUCCGCCCCGGUUUGACCAUCUCUAAGGACGAGCUGGAUCAGUUCAUCAACAUGAUGGACAGCAUGCUGCGCGACCUGGAAGCGCUCAAGAAAGGAAACCAGGAGACUCCCGCCGCCGAGCCGCAGAUACCGCAGAUCGAGCGACCCGUUCCGGAUUUGGUCCUCCCGCCCGCCCGGAAGAAACCCAAGACCGGAGCAUCCCACGCAUCACCCCCCACGACGCAGCAACAAGGCGCCGUAUCGUCGUCGCCCCAGGUCAAGGCACCUUCGCCUGUGGUGACCAGAAAGGCAGAGCCGCCCAAACAGUUGCCUCCCAAGUUAACAUGCCCGGAACCCGGGUGCGAGAUGGGGUCAAUGGGCUUCCCAUCGGAGGAGGCGCUCAAUGCCCACCGCCAGGAGGAGCAUGUCAAGCCAUUCGAGAACCCUUACGGAUUCCUGCAGGAGCAAAUGGCUGCUGCUUUGGGGUUGGAUGCGCAAGGCAACCCGAAACCACCCCUUAACCCCAACGGCCAGCAAGGCUCGACGCCGGCGGCGCCGCCCAUGAGCGCCACUCGUUCCAAACAAGGCCAGACGCCGAAGAUGGGCUCGACGCCAAUGUCUCGGGCGGUAUCCAUGCAACGGCAGGGCAGCAGCGCGGCAGGCGGAAAGGCGGCUGAGAACAGCGGCACCCCUAACACAGCCUUCAAGGUGGGUCAGACGACAACCCGGCAGCCGGUGGUUAAGAAUGAGAUGGGGACACCCCAUGCCCCGGUCGUGGAAGAUGCAUGGUCGGGCUCGACGGUCGACCCGCAGAACCUGUUCCAGAGCGUCGCUCGCUCGUUGGAAUCUGUCACGGGGAGCUUUGUGCCGGAGUUUGGGACGUAUCGGUCCCUGACACCAAACGACACGCCGGAAUCCAGCAAGGACAGCGGGGCGUCGGAACCGAGCAGUGACAUCCCCGAGGGCACCAGCCUGGACAUUGACGUGGCGUGGCAGUCGGCGCUGGACAGCGACCUGCUGUGGGACAUGAACAACAUCAACAUGGAGACGUUCGAGGAUGUGAACGCGGGUAUGUUUGCGAACGAGGAGUAUGAGUCGUUGAUGUUCUCCUUGGAUUGCAUGGACGACGACCUCUCCAAAUCUUUGAAUCAAUGAGGCCCGGCGGGGCCGGAGCGCGGUUUUAAUACCUCAGGUAAUGGAGGGCCGGGCUAAAGCAUUGGGUGGGUGGGUUGGUGAACUGGUUAAAAAACGGGCGGUUGGGCGUUGAUAUCGUCAUUGCCUUUUACUGUUGCUAUCUAUUUCCGGAAGGUGAAGCGACCUACUGCAUUGAUUUGGGUUUUGAAUCUGAGGUCCGGACUCUCUUAUGUCGACUCGUUAUGUGGUCAUUCUUCCAUUUCACAGGUCUAUUAUUAUUACCUGUAGACAGUAUCUAGGUAGCCUGUGGCUCGCUCGUGGUUACGGUACCUUGGCCACCCUGGAGUUUGGGAGUGUAUGAUGCUUUUGGGUUAUGAUGAUAUAACUGCACAUGGGGUGAUACCCACAUUUCUCACUUGGUAAUGCGUACUGUACGUACAUUGUGUGUUGUACAAUGGAAUUUCCAUUCAUGGUGAGAAAGACCACGCAUUGAACGAUAAUCUGGU